AUGCCGGAAAUGAAAUACAUUUUAGUUACUGGGGGUGUUAUUAGUGGCGUGGGUAAAGGAGUUAUAGCUAGUUCAUUUGGCACAAUUUUAAAGAGUUGCGGAAUUGAUGUGACAUCCAUAAAGAUUGAUCCAUACAUAAAUAUUGAUGCAGGCACAUUCUCCCCUUAUGAACAUGGCGAAGUUUACGUUCUUGAUGACGGCGGAGAGGUCGACCUUGAUCUUGGCAACUAUGAACGCUUCUUGGAUAUAACACUGCAUAGAGACAACAAUAUUACAACUGGUAAAAUUUAUCAGCAAGUGAUUGAACGAGAGCGACGUGGUGACUAUCUAGGCAAGACUGUUCAAGUGAUUCCACACAUUACUGAUGCUGUUCAAGAAUGGGUAGAUAGAGUAGCACACAUACCUGUGACUGCAGAUAAAACACCGCAAGUGUGCAUUGUGGAGUUGGGUGGGACUAUUGGAGAUAUAGAGGGAAUGUCAUUUGUGGAAGCUUUUAGACAGUUUCAAUUUAGAGUAAAAAGAGAGAACUUUUGCUGUGCCCAUGUGUCUUUAGUGCCUAUGCCAAAGUCAACUGGGGAACCAAAAACCAAACCUACUCAAUCUUCCGUUAGAGAGCUGCGUGGUCUUGGAUUGUCACCGGACCUUAUUCUAUGCCGUUCUGAAAAACCGAUAAACCACAAUGUGAAAGAAAAGAUAUCAAAUUUCUGUCAUGUCGCACCUGAACAAGUUAUAUGCAUUCAUGAUUUAAGUUCAGUGUACCAUGUGCCUAUAUUGAUGGAGGCGCAAGGUGUCGUACAAUAUCUAAAUGAGAGACUUCAGCUUAAUAUAGCCAUGCCACGCCCAGGCGGUUUUAUGAAAAAAUGGAGAAACCUCGCCAAGCGCGUGGAAAACCUUCGCAAAGAGGUGAAUAUCUCCCUCGUUGGUAAAUAUACCCAGUUAGAAGACAGCUAUGCCAGUGUUACUAAGGCGUUACAACAUGCCUGUAUCGCUGCUGGGUGUAAACUCAAUUUAACUUAUAUAGAGGCAGUUAACCUAGAAAAGCAAAGUAAAAUUAAUGAUCCUGUGGGCUACCAUAAAGCUUGGCAGGACUUGUGUAAGAGCGAAGGCGUCAUAGUCCCAGGUGGAUUCGGUCAGAGAGGAAUGGAAGGAAAGAUUGAAGCAUGUAAUUGGUGCAGAGAAACAGAAAAGCCAAUGCUUGGUAUAUGUCUCGGCUUGCAGGCAUCUGUUAUAGAAUUUGCUAGAAAUGUGCUUGGUUUAUCUGGAGCAAAUAGUACUGAGGUUGACCCAAACUGUGAAGAUAAAUUAGUAAUAGAUAUGCCUGAGCAUCAUCCUGGAAAUCUUGGUGGUACAAUGCGGUUAGGUAAAAGAAAGACUUACUUGGAACCCAGCAUUGUGGCAACCCUAUACAAGAAAGAUACAAUAGAAGAGCGUCACCGACACAGAUAUGAAGUAAAUCCAGAGUAUAUAGAAAAAUUAGAAGCUGCUGGACUGCGAUUUGUGGGCAAGGACGAGACCAAAACACGCAUGGAAGUGGCCAUUGUAGAAGGACAUCCGUAUUAUGUAGCAGUGCAGUUCCAUCCAGAAUACCUUUCAAGGCCACUGUCACCUAGUCCACCUUUCUUAGGACUAAUUCUAGCAUCAACAGGAAAGUUAAAAAACUACUUAUCAAAAGGUUGUAGAUUUAGCCCUAGAAGCCAAUCUGAUGUUAGUUCAGAUGAAGGCGACUUUGAUGAUGAGAUAUCAUUUGGUAAUCUACAUUUAAGCAAUAAUAAAAAUGGCAACACUCUUACCGAAGUCAAUGGUAUACAUUAA